AUGCACGCAGUGAAGAACUUCAUGGAGAAGACCUGGAACUUUGUGUCUCUACCGGAACUAUACUAUAAUGAGACUGGGUACUUCAUUGUCAAAUUCAAGAAUCAUGAAGAUUUGUGCCAAGUUAUGGAACGUGGACCAUACUUCAUCUUUGGUAAGCCUCUCUUCUUGAAAUAUUGGUCGAUAGAGUUUGAAUUGAAGGAUGACUUACUUCGAGUUCUUCCCUUAUGGAUCACGAUGCCAAAUUUACCACUACACUUAUGGGGAGAGAAGAGUAUCUCUAAGAUCACAAGUGUUGUUGGUAUUCCUAUCACGACUGAUGAAUGCACAGCAAGAAAGUUGCGAAUCUCAUAUGCUAGGGUGUUAGUGGAGGUGGGUAUCACUAAACCUAUCAAGGAGGAAGUUACUAUCAAGGAUCAUAAUGGAAGGGAAUGGAAACAGAAAAUUGAAUAUGAAUGGAGGCCCAAAUACUGUCAAUCAUGUCUUAGAAUUGGUCAUGACUGUUCUAACAAAAAGGUGACUGGACAACAGAAGCCUCUUCAAAGAGUAUGGAAACAAACAACCAAACCUAAUGAGAAUGUUAUCGAGGAGAAUAAACUGGAUACCAAGGCAGAGGGGACCAUCCCAGAGAUUAAUAAGCCUAGCAAUACAAGUCAGGAUGAAAAUUGGGCUCUUGUCAAUACUAAUGGUAAUGAUAAAGCUAAGAAGAAGAUUGUAUUCACCCCACCUGGAAAUACUAUGCUGGUUCAGAAUCCGUUUACACCCCUUGGGAUUGGAGAUAAUCCAGAAGGGGAGAGUAGUAGUAGAAGAUGA